UCGGUCAAAGAAUUGUUCAGAGCAUUUUGAAAGUAACGUAGGUACAAUCCUCAGUAUAGAUCGUGUGCUUAAGGUUUUCGUUUGCCGCCGCCUCGCUGGUUCAUUCAGUUCUGAUCGCACUCUGCAGCAAUACACAUUUGAGCGACACUACGCGGUGCGACAUUCAGCUGAGUAACGCAACACGGCCAAUUGGCUUAGCAGAGAAUAUUUUGCAGUGUCACGUGCUAUUUCUAUAUAGUGGACUGCUGUGAUUUUGUCAAAACAUGCAGUGGAACUGUACUGAAUGUAGUGUCGCGUACCGUAGAGUAAAUGCGGUCGUACCUUAAUACCAGUAGAAAGCGCCACGUCGCGUCGUCUAAAAAUUAAUAGAAAUGUCAAAAUGGAAGAACUCAUUGGCUAUAAUCCUACUUCUGCUAACAAAAACGCAUUGUUUGAAAAUUCUUGGGCUGUUUCCACAUCCGGGCAUCAGUCACUUCCAUUUCUUCCAUCCUAUUAUGCGAGCAUUGGCAGAAGCUGGUCAUGACGUCACCGUUGUCAGCCAUUUUCCCGAUAAAAGCCCACCGAUGCAUUAUAAAGAUAUUGUUAUUGGUGGUGUGCAACUUCUUAACGACACCGUGGAUCUUCAGAAAUUUGAAAAUCGUCCAGUUUACAGUAUCAUUCUCGAUUUCUUUAAAUUACAUGAAUGGGGAAAAAAUACGUGCGAACACACCUUAAAAUCUAUUGCGCUGAGAAAGGUUUUAAAAUCUCCCGAUAAAUUCGACGUUAUUCUUGUGGAGCAAUUCAACACAGAUUGCAUGAUGGGAGUAGCAUAUGAGUUGAAAGCGCCAACCAUAGCUUUAAGUAGCUGUGCUCUUAUGCCCUGGCACUAUGAACGUUUUGGAGCACCACUGAUUCCCUCGUAUAUGCCGAUAGUAUUCCAUGGCCAUUCAGAAGACAUGAAUUUCUUCCAGCGCCUAGUGAACUGGUUUUCAUCUCAUUUGCUGCAGAUUCUAUACGAGUAUUAUUCGCAAAGUUUGGCGACCGCAUUGCUUAGAAGUAGAUUCAGUCAUGAUAUGCCUGAAGUCAGUGAACUUGUUAAAGAGACAAAUUUAAUGUUCGUGAACCAGCACUUUUCUCUAAGUGGAGCAAAGCCCUUGCCACCAUCAAUAAUUGAACUAGGUGGUAUUCACAUUCAGAAGGCAAAGACGUUAGAUGUGGAAAUUCAACAUCUUCUCGAAGGUGCUAAACACGGAGUUGUAUAUAUUAGCUGGGGAUCAAUGAUUCGCGCGGAGUCCUUACCAGUGGAGAAACGUGAAGCUAUUCUUCAUGCAAUGGGCAGGCUUCCGCAAACGGUUCUAUGGAAAUGGGAGAAUGAAACAAUCCCGAGAAAACCAUCGAAUGUCCACAUUCGGAAAUGGAUGCCACAACGUGAAAUUCUCUGCCAUCCUAAUGUGAAAGUCUUUCUCAGUCACGGAGGCCUGAUGGGCAGUUCUGAAGCUGCAUACUGUGGGGUUCCUGUGAUUCUUACUCCAAUGUAUGGAGACCAAUUUUUAAAUGCAGCAUCUCUAAAGAACAGAGGAAUGGGUAUAAUUUUGAACUAUGAGGAUAUUACAGAAGCAAAUAUUUUCAGAGCUGUGAAACAACUUUUGGAACCUAGAUACCACGAAAACGCUAAAUCGAUUUCAUUUGCAUUCAGGAAUCGACCGCAGAAGGCUUUAGACACGGCAGUAUGGUGGGUCGAAUAUAUGGCAAAAACUGAAGGAGCUCCACUUACAAAAUCAGUCGCAACUCACAUUUCAAGAUUUGUUUAUUAUUCUUUGGACAUCUAUGCUUUUCUCAUUGGCGUGCUCUUGUUUUCAACAGCGAUUUGGAUAUUUCUUUUCAAAUGGUUCCAAGGAAGAUAUAGAGAAAGAAAAUAUAAAAAAGAUUAACUCUUUAAAUAUCAUACGUGAAACUAAGGAAGCAAAGUAGAAUUGGUUUCUAUACCUCCGAAUUAGAUUUUUAAAUAAGUUAACUUUUUUUGCGCACAAAUGAAGAUAGAUGUUCAAAAGGCAUUGUGCUACUUUCUAUUAUCUAAAAUAAAUAAAAGCAAUUUGAUUGAAUA